GCGAUUUCAAUUUCAAAGUCGCGACUUUGCUAUCGCAUUAACUUGCUGCCGUCUGAACAGCAAAAGUUAAAUUCUGCGACCGAAACGGGUACAGUUCGUCAAAAAUUCAGCAACCCCGUGAAAUGAACGAAAUCUCACCGCUCGCCGUGGAUCUUACCAGGAUGGACUUGAUCGAAAUCAACAAUAAUUUGGCCUUCAGGAAGAAGAGGAAGUCCUCGCAAGUGUCUAUUUCGAGUGUUAGUAGUUGCCAGUCGGACUCUAGUGAGGAGUAUCAUGUCUUGUUGGAAAGGGAAACCUCCCUACAGGACGUCAUUGACAAAACCGAGGAUAAGAAAAUUAGAGCGGAAUAUCGAAGAUGCAGGUCUUUGUCUGAUGGUGGUACCGGUAAAUUAAGAAACGAUGACUGCAAUUUCGAUGCUUUUCCCAGUUUGCCGAAUUCCGUUUUGGAACGAAUGGGACUGCGAGGAUUAUCUCUGCAAAGGGAACGUCUAAGUGAAGAGGAAGUAGAACAAAAAUUCACCAGUUUGGCCCUAGCCUUCGCAAUAGACGCAGCUACGAUAAAGGAUCGAUGUGAACGACUACGACGAUCGCGAGAUCAAACGGAAACGAAUCUAGCGACUGAAAUUGAAAGACUUAAAGAAAAACUUGCCCUUCUACAGCCCCUGUGUACUGAUUAUGAAACGGUAGAACUGCUUUCCACUUUACUGUCGCAGGUAGACAAGGUCGUGAGUGCCUCUUCGCUGGUCUCCAUUUCCGUGGAAAGGUUUGGAUCUGUUCAACACGAAGAGAGGCUUACGGAAUCCGUACAAUUAAUGGUUAGCCACGUUCAGAUGCUGAAACAGCAAAGGGACUCGGCAAGAAGACAAUUACAGUAUACGAAAAGGGUUUUGCAGAAUCCCGUGGAAUUACCGGCGGGUAGCCCAACGACCCCUUCGAAAACUUUAUUAUCACCCAACGGGACCAGCAGGAAGGUGACGUGCCGAAGACGAGCCAGCAUAGCUACAUUCUCACAACCACAGAUAGACAAGCCAUUGAUGGAUAAGAAAAUUAUGAGAAGACCGUCAGAGCUUUCUUUGCGAGCCACAUCUAUUAAUAGAAACAUUAGGCCAAAUAGAUUAGAGUUGAUGGGUGAUUUAGUUAAAAUCAAAGAGGGAUUCGUCGACGAAACAGCUGCUAUGCAUGACGAAAACAUUGAUCAUCUAGAAGAUAACGAAUCUGACGAUGAAAAUCAAGCGACAGAAAUUAACAGCUCACACCACUCCAGUCCCGAUGAACCAGAAUUACCUUUAGAUUUCGUAAAUUUAUCAAUAAGGGAGAAGAUUAAGUACAGGUUUAAGAAAAUAGAAAGAGACGUUCAAGAAAAGUAUAACAACUGGACAGCGGAUGGUACCAUUCAUGAAAUAUGUUGCUUCUGCGCCUUACUUUGUUUUUCCAUCAGUCUCAUAACAAUGGUAAAUAUACUGGUGGAGUACGAAUAUGCUAAAAGAGGGUGGGGUACGUCGCACUUUUUUUGGUCACGGGCAGAAUCGUACAACGACGAAAAAUAUAGUUCUAUUAGGCAAUAAAAUUUGUAGAAAAUGUAUAAAUUGAGUAUAAUAGGUACU